AGCACGCACGAGCUGAGGUCCUGAGGACACGCCGGCCAUCCCCUCCCCUCCCAUCGAUCGACCCAGAAGGCGACGCCGGGAUCGCACGGGUCGUCGUCGAUGGCGCCAACUGAGACGACGACGGCCGUUCGAGUGUUGUUGGUUGUUUUGUUGGUCGUCGAGCCGUCCACAUCAUCAUCGUCGUCGCUCUCGAUCGUACGUACGCACGCUGCCUGGACGAUGCAACAUCCGAUCGAUGCAGGCCUUAGCUCUCGGGCGUUUGUUUCGCGUCGUGCGUGUACAACUUUUAAAUCAGAGAAUAAAAAGCUUGUUGGCCUAGAUUUGACAGGUAGGCUGUUGAGCCCAUGACACGGACGGUGCCACUAGCUAGGCUUGCUCUUGUAUUAUUGUUCCCCGGCCCCCGUACCGUACGUGCCAGCAAAUAAGUUUCAUUUCUAGAAGGAAGAAUAGCGGGGCGUCGUCCAGCAGUGUCACUGCCACCUGCACCUGCGAGGAAGAAAGCAAGCUAGCGCCACUCUCCUCUCACUGCUCUAGCUAUUUAUACCCCCGUGCCUUGCGUCUCCUUCCUCUAGAGUCCUCCACCCCACCUUCCCUACCUAUCUAUCCUACAGCGGCUAGUCUACUCAACUCUGCUCUGCUCGCGCGGCGAUCGAGGCACCGUCGUCGCCACCAUCAGCGGCUAGCACCGAUCGAGCCACCGGCCGAUCAGAUCGGCCGGCCCAACGACCAUGCUGGCCUCGCUGCGGUACCUGGCCGGCACGGCGGGGCCGAGCGGCUUCGGCUCGCGGACGACCGCCGAGGAGGCCGCGGCCGGCGACCUGCGCCACGUCACCGCCAUCAUCACGGGCGCCACGUCGGGGAUCGGCGCGGAGACGGCGCGGGUGCUGGCCGGGCGCGGCGCGCGGCUGGUGCUGCCGGCGCGGAGCCUCAAGGCCGCCGAGGAGGCCCGCGCGCGGGUGCGCGCCGAGUGCCCGGGCGCCGACGUCGCCGUGCUGCCGCUCGACCUCAGCUCGCUCGCCUCCGUGCGCCGCUUCGUCGCGCGGUUCCUCGACCUCGGGCUCCCCCUCAACCUCCUCGUCAACAACGCCGGCAAGUACGCCGACCGCUUCGCCGUGUCGGAGGACGGCGUGGAGAUGACCUUCGCCACCAACUACCUGGGCCACUUCCUGCUCACCAGGCUGCUGCUGGACAAGAUGGCGGACACGGCGCGGGCCACCGGCGUCCAGGGCCGCAUCGUCAACGUCUCCUCCACCAUCCACAGCUGGUUCCCCGGCGACGGCGACGCCCUCGGCUACCUCGACCGCGUCACACGGAGGAAGAUACCGUAUGAUCCGACGAGGGCGUACGCGCUGUCCAAGCUCGCCAACGUCCUGCACACCAGAGCGCUCGCCGACCGGCUCAGCGAGAUGGGCGCCAACGUCACGGCCAACUGCGUCCACCCCGGCAUCGUCCGGACCCGUCUCAUCCGCGACCGCGACGGCCUCAUCACCAACACAGUGUUCUUCCUGGCGUCCAAGCUCCUCAAGACGAUUCCUCAGGUCAGUAGUCGCCACCCGUAUGACGAAUCGUCCGUUCCUCUGCCCCUGUCACAUAUAUACGCCGCUCUGUUCCAUUUGUCUGUCCGAUCCGAGCUCGGAAUGACGAAAAAGCCCGGUCCCUCCAUUCCAUCCAGGCGGCCGCGACGACGUGCUACGUGGCGGCGCACCCGGCGGUGGCCGGAGUGUCCGGGAAGUACUUCGCCGACUGCAACGAGGCCUCGCCGUCCAGGCUGGGCGCCAGCUGCGAGGAGGCCGCCAGGCUGUGGGCCUUCUCCGAGAACGUAACGGCAGAGAAGGUUCAGAGGACGACGACAACGACUGGUGUCCAUGUCGCUGUCGGCACGGGACUACUCCGGCCCCAAGCUCAUCAGAGCUCCGACGCGGACCGCGCCAUGGCCCUCGCGGCGUAGCGGCCUACAGAUCCGCAAGUUUUGAUCGCCGCCCGAUGUGUGUGUGUGUGCCCCUGGUCAGGUCACACAUCCUAAAACGUGGACAGGUAGUAUCAGUCUCGGAAAUGAAAACCAGAGCAGAUAGUCAGUAAUUAAGCUAGUGAUGUAUAGUAGAGUAUAUACAGAACACUAGAACAGAAAAAGAAAAGCAAAUGGUAGUGUAUGCCUUACAAUAUAAUCCAGUGUACGUAGCCUUAUGACUACCUGUAAUAUAUAUGAAUCAUCCAGUUAAAAAUGCACCUCAGCACAGUUUUCUCCC